UGUGAACCUCAUCUCACCUCACCCCAAUUUCAAGAACACAGCCCUUUUUGUCGCAUAUUCCGUACAAAGGCUGAAUCCUCACUUGCGAUUUUGAUGAAAUGUGAGCAGAAUAUUCUACGGACCUCAAUCAACUCCAGAGAAAGAAAACGGAUGCACGAUCUAAAUGAAGCUCUUGAAGAACUACGCAGCUGCCUACCGUAUUCUCAGGAUCAAUCGGCACGUAAAAUGAGCAAAAUCAAUACUCUUCUAUUGGCUUGCAACUGGAUUCGCCAGCUGACAAUACGAAACCAUGAGCUACAGAAGCAGGUGGCCGCACUACGAGGCGAGGACCGUAUCUCCAUUCCUAUCGGUCCCCCACCGCCAUCAUCCCAGUCAACAAACACCUUCACUCUUUCACCAGGGCCGAUCAAUUUCGCCGUAGGACCUACUCCUUGUAUGAAAGCAUUCGGCCAAGCAUGUUUUUGUAUCGCCUGUCUAACGACAGGAUCAAAACAGUAA